ACAACGUUUGGUAUGUGUGAUUGUGUAUGUCGCAUCAGCUAAAAGCUGAGACAAAACAAUCUCAACUCAACUAUCUCAACAAUCACAACUAAAAGUUGAGAUAUAACAAUCACUCAAAAUGAGUCAUAGUUUCUGUCGCAUCAUAGAAACAAUCCAUGUAUUGUUUCUGCUAGAAAACAACAACAAAAAAACGAUGCAUUGUAAACAAUACAUGCAUAAUGACAAUCUCAACAAAACAAUCGCAACUUCCAAACGACUCCUUAGUGACCAACUACAUAAUAGAAGUUUACAAUCAGUGACUAGUUAAUGACAGCGUGAAAGAAAUUAAUAAGCCGAGUAACCACACAUAAAAUUCAGCUAAGUUAUAGUCAAAUUAGAAUUCUUCACCUAAAUUAGUUAAUGAAUAAUUGUUUCGUAACUGUAACAUCCCGAGCCUUUUCUCGAUCAAGAUAUUGUCCGUUUUGGGUCUCGACCCUCACGAUUUUCGAUUUGGGGUGCAAUUCAAGGUGACUUCUCAUUAGGUCACCCAUCCUUGUUGUACUCCACACCGAGCACGUUUAACUUUGGAGUUCUCACAAGAACUCUUCCAUUUCACCUCAAACGCGUCUUGUUAGUUAAGGUCGGUUUCUUACUCAUAAAUUAUGGAUCUCUCUCGUGCUUUGUCUAUAUGGGAUUCGCCUAAGGUGUUACAGGAACUCUCUAAAAAAAAAUCCCUAAAAAACUCUCUCGUUAAAAAAAGAUAAAUCAACAAAUAAAAUGUAACAUCCCGAACCUUUUCCCGAGCAAGAUAUUGUCGGCUUUGGGCCUCGACCCUCACGGUUUUCGACUUGGGGUGCAAAUUUAAGGUGACUUCCCAUAAGGUCACCCAUCCUUGUUGUACUUCACACUGAGCACAUUUAAUUUACGAGUUCUCACAAGAACUCCUACAUUUCAGAUUUCACCCCAAAACGGGUCUUGUCAGUUAAGGUCGGUUUCUUACUUAUUAACCAUGGAUCUCUCCCGUGUUUUGUCGAUGUGGGAUUCGUCUAAGGUGUUACAUACACCCCCCCCCCCCUCUUGAGACUCAAUGUCCUCGUUCAAGAGGGAUGCAGAGAGGCUCUGAUACCACUUGUAACAUCCUGAACCUUUUCCCGAGCAAGACAUUGUUCAGGUGACUUCCCACAAGGUCACCCAUCCUUGUUGUACAACACACUGAGCACGUUUAACCCUAGAGUUCUCACAAGAACUCUUUCAUUUUACCCCCAAAAUGCGUCUUGUCAAUUAAGACCAGUUUCUUACUUAUGAACCAUGAAUCUCUCCCCGUAAUUUGUCGAUGUGGGAUUCGCCUAAAAUGUUACACAAAACACAACCUCUUUUGGGCUCUUUUGCAGCGGGCCGAAAUAAAAACUUAAGCUUAUUCUUUCGGCCCAAUCAAAACCAGGCUACUCGAUCCGCCAAGAACAGCAAUUCGAUCAAACCCGACCCGACUGGACUCGAGCUCUUGCACUGAAAAUCUCCAGAUCCACUUCCGUCACUCUCGCCUCCGCUUCCCUCCAUCGCUGAAACCUUCUUCAACUUCAGACCAGCUGGUUCACAAUUAGAUCUUAAACCCGCCUUAAACCCUUACCGCCUCAAUCCUCGGAAAACCCAUCGAUUUCUCACUUCUUCUUCCUUGCUGCGAAACGGUAGAGCAAGAAUGGCUUUAUGCAGAAGCGCCAAGCGUCCGCUUCAGGUGAUGAUGAUGAAGGGAAGCUGCUCUUCUGCUGUGGAGUCGAGCUUCGGAACGUUUCUCCGGCGCUUCAGCUCUCAGGGUCCAGCGUCGGGGGAGCAGAUGAGUCUUAUCAAGCAACUGAGAGAGCGGACCAGUGCUCCAAUCAAGGACGUUAAGGCCUCCCUUGUUGAGUGUAAUUGGGACAUUGAGGCGGCGCAGAAGGAUUUGAGGAAAAGAGGGAUAGUUCUGGCAUCGAAGAAGUCUGGUCGAACUGCGACUGAAGGGUUGCUCGCGUUGGCUCAGAGUGAAGGGAAGGCUGCCAUUAUCGAGCUUAAUUGCGAGACUGACUUUGUUUCCAGAAAUGAGAUAUUUCAGUACUUGGCUUUAUCUCUAGCAAAGCAAGCUCUGUUAGUGAAGAAUGGUUCUCAGCAGCCUUCAGGGGUACUGUCAGUUGGUCCUGAAUCGUUGGAGGAACUGAAGUUGAAUCUUGAGCAUCCUAAGAUAAGUGGAGAAACUACAGUUCAUAACGCAAUUACUGAGGUAGCUGCAAUGAUGGGAGAGAACGUCAAACUUAGAAGAGGAUUUGUGAUGUCUAGUCCUGGUGUUCUUUCCACCUACCUCCAUACAAGUCCUCAACCAGGUUUGGGUCGUAUUGCUGGACUUUUAUCUCUUGAAACUAAGGAUGGAAGCUCUCACUUGGAUGCUCUCCAGCGUGUUGGAUCAGAGCUGGCAAUGCAUGUAGUUGCUGCAAAGCCGCUGUUCUUAACCAAGGAGCUUGUUUCUUCUGAGGCAUUAGAGAGUGAGCGUGAGAUUCUAAAGUCUCAGGCAGAAAGUACAGGGAAAUCACAGAUGGCCAUAGAAAAAAUGGUUGAAGGCCGCUUGCGUAAAUAUUAUGAGGAAGUUGUCCUUAUGGAGCAGAAGUUUAUUAUCAAUGAUUCUCUUAACGUUAAGAGACUGUUGAGCAAUUUGUCCAAGGAAGUGGGUUCACCAGUGAAGAUAGGGAACUUUUUCAGGAUGGAAGUUGGAGAAGGAAUUCAAAGGCUUAAUGCAUCUGCAGAUGAACCAGUGGCUCAAGCUGCGUGAUUAGAGUGCGCCAUCACUAUUAUUUGUCAGGAGAGGAGGUCUACAGUUGGAGACCUAUUUUCCUUUUUUAGUUAAUGAGUUAUUGUCUCCUUUCCUUACAAUCCGAUCAACUUGAUAGAAUGGAAGCAAAUCUGUACCAUUUCCGAUACAUUUGAUUCCCAUAAAUGAGUUUUGUUGAACCUGAGGAUCAUUCAAUAAAUAUUUCUCUUUGAA